AUGGCGGAAGUGAAAGAAGUGAAAGCUUUGACGUGCGGAGUGAUCACGACGGUUCUUUUAAGUUCCGCUGUUUUUGCAUUUGUGAAGGACCUCGAUGACACAUUCAAAGACAACAGAAUGGACGAUGUCUGGCUGGUGGAUUUUUAUGCUCCCUGGUGUGGAUACUGUAAGAAGCUGGAACCAGUCUGGCAUGAGGUAGGAGCUGAGCUAAAGAACUCUGGAUCACCAGUCCGAGUGGGAAAGAUGGAUGCCACUGCAUACUCUGGCAUGGCUUCUGAGUUUGGAGUACGAGGAUAUCCCACAAUAAAACUACUAAAGGGGGAACUCGCUUAUAAUUAUAAAGGACCCAGGACCAAAGAUGACAUCAUUGAAUUUGCUAACAGAGUGGCUGGGCCCUCUGUGCGGUCACUCCCAAGCAGACAGAUGUUUGAGCAUGUCUUGAAGAGGCACAACGUACUAUUCGUAUACAUAGGGGGAGAGUCACCACUCAAGGAGAAGUACAUAGAUGUGGCUUCUGAACUUAUUGUUUACACCUACUUUUUCUCUGCCUCUGAGGACAUCAUACCUGAGCAGUAUGUGACAUUGUCUGAACUGCCCUCAGUGGUUGUGUUCAAGGACAGGACCUAUUUCACUUAUGAUGAGUAUGAAGAUGGCAGCUUGGCAUCGUGGGUGAACAGGGAACGUUUCCAAAGUUACCUGCAGAUUGACGGCUUCACACUCUAUGAGCUGGGAGAGACUGGUAAAUUGGUAGCAAUCGCUAUCAUUGAUGAAAGGGUUGCAACAGAGGAAAGCUUGAGGUUAAAGAGUCUCAUACAGAGAGUUUCAACUGAGUACAGGGACAACUUUUACAGAGAUUUCCAGUUUGGCCAUAUGGAUGGUAAUGACUACAUCAACAGCCUCAUCAUGGGUGAGGUAGCUGUGCCUUCUGUCAUUGUCCUCAAUACAUCUAACGAGCAGUACUUCCUGCCCAGUGAGCCCAUGGAGAGUAUGGAGCAACUGAUCACCUUCAUCAAGAGUGUCCGGGAUGGCACGGCUCAGGCUUAUGGAGGGGACGGUUUUUCCCAGAGACUCAAACGUGUGGCCUAUGAUGCCAGAUCCACCAUCAUGUCUGUGUUCCGCAGUUCUCCGGUGCUGGCCUGUUUCCUCUUCGGCCUGCCGUUAGGUGUCAUUAGCCUCAUGUGCUAUGGCAUAUGCACAGCUGAGUCAGACGAUGACGCUGAGCUGAUAAAAAGAGAGGGACUGACAGAUGAGGAGGAGGAGGAAGAGGAGGAGGAAGAUGUGAGACAGCAUCUGGCUGCACGGCUCAAGGGCCCAGGAAAGGGCGAUGAAGUAGAAGAAGAACUAGAGGAAAAGCGAGCAGCAGAGGAGAAGAGUGAAGCAGAGAAAAAGCAUGAUUAACACAGGGGAGGUGUGUGGAUGAAAGGGAGGAGGAUUACAGUAAUGCAGACAUUAAUCAUUUAUCUGGUUUCAGAUUUUUAAACCACUCCUGCACUCUGACUUAUUGCUGUAGGGCUUAAAAUGUGAGUUUGGAAAGGUUUUUUUUUUUUUUUUUUUUAGUGAUUUCCUUUUUUUUUUUUUUUUUUUUAAAUUUGUAACUGUUUAUAAGAGUUAUGGAGUCAGGUGAGGAUAUGUAAUAUCAGAGUUGUUGCUCUGAGGAUCAUCUGAAUGGCAAAUUGAUUGUCAUUUCUGCUGGGUGUGAAGAGGGAAAAAAAUCCCUCAUAUUUGGACUAAGAAACUUGAAAUCGUAAUUUUGUCUGUUUUCAUCAGUCAUUCUGUUUUAUAUGCUACACAUCAUCCUGUGUGGCAUUUUAGUCCAGUGCUCAUUUAUCCAUCUAUCCACUGUGCAAAUUGCUCUUGCUUUGGUGCACUUCUUUGGUGUUGAUGAUAGCUAUAUUAGAUGUAGAUAUUAGCGAUGUUUUAACCAUGCUAUAUCUAUGUUAAGCUCCAUGCUGUAAAGCAGGAGUAUGAGAUUUGAACAUAAAAAGACUCAGGGUUCAUGAUAAUAGAGGUUUCAAAUGCAGCAUAAUUUCCCUGCUAGAAAACAAACACAAAGUAAUAAUCUUAAAAAGCUAUAAAGGCAUUACUCAAAAGACAUUUGACAGAUUACAUAAGCAUGCAAUUAUCAUCAGUGUGUGGAACAAACAAUUAAGCAAGAGAUUAAUCAAGAUAUAAAAGGUAUACUGAAUCAACGUUACAUAUGCAGUAAAACAUGCGUACGGGGCCUUUACUCCUAGAUUUGGCCAUCUUCAUGCAAGCAGAAUAUCUUUCAAGCUAGUUUCGAGUUUGGGUUUACAUUUGGUCUAUGCCCACUUGGUGAAUAUAGAAAUAAUAAGGCGCACAUCCAGAAUUUUGCAUCACCAUUGCCAGUAAAUUCCAUUUUUUGCAAGGUAGUAGAAGCAGUUCAAGUUAAUUGCACUUUUCUCAUAUGAAAGGUUAUGUAUGGUUUGGGCAACGUUAAAUGCUUAUAGCUUUUUUUGUGACAUCUAAAAUUUAACAAAGAUGUCAUCACAUAAUAGAACACAACAAGUAAUCAAGAUAGAUUACUAACCCUAACCCUUUCCCGCCUGUGUAUAUCUGUCUUUUCACUGUUGGGUUUGUGGCUUAGAAAUGAACUGAACUAAUGUGGGUUAUACAAAUGCCAACACACUGCAUUAAGAUAAUAUUACCGUACGCACUGAACACACUGGAGAUGUGAUGUCCAGUUACUUUCUGCUAAAGAAAGAUUUUGAUCAAAAGUUACAUCUGCAUGAAUUUCUUUUCUUUUUUCCUUUUCCUUGUUUUGGAUUCAUUUAAAUCCACAUUUAUCAUUAAAGUAGUUCAAGACGGUUCAGAAAAAGAAGUACAUUAUGCUGAUUAAUACAGCAAAGAGAUGGCAGGAUAAAUGUAUUGUGCCACUGAUAUACUUUUCUAAAGUAACUUGAUGAUGGUUAUAAAUAUGAUGGUUAAAAAUAAAAUUAGCAUUUUGAAGGCUGAGGAGUGAUGAAGAGAUGAUUAUCUUGAGAUUUUAUAUAUUACACGCACCACGCACAUCCUGUAUGUACUCAAAAUCUGCUUCAACUAAUCCAAUAGCAAUAAUGUAAUUAGGUAGUUCUUCUUCUUCAGACCACAGUCAGACAACUUGAUCUUAAAAUUCUAAUGAAGAAACAGACUCCCAGGCCUGGACUGUUUCUUGGUGUAUUAUUUAGUAGACAACAUUUUUAAAGCUGAGAAUUAACUGAAGGUGGUUAUAAAUAAUUGUUUGCAAAGCCUACCACCUGAGCUUUCAAGAAAAAUGUAAGCAUCCGUUACAAAAGUAUAUCCCAUUGUGGGCCCUCAAUAUUGUUCUUACUUCGUCUAGUUUAUGCCCACAUUAACGUUUGUACAAGCUUUAUAAAAGGUUUGUCCCUUAUCCCAUUGCUUGGUACAUUACAACAUGUAAAUUUUACAAGUCCCAUACUUAUAAUAAGAAAAUUCCAUGUGGCUAGUUUAUGAACUGCAUGUUUAUGACUUGAAGUUCUCAUUAUGUUCUACUCUUUUUUUUUUUUUUUUAUAGAUUUUUUUUUCUCAUGGUGUUUAUGGGCUUUGCAAAGAAUGAAUUAUUAGUUGGUAUGCAUACUGUCUACUGACAGAAGUCAAAUAAAUGCUGUAAUGGCCAGCAUUGGUCUGUGACACCACACUAUUCCAACUGCAUGAGAUGGUCUCAAAAAGGGAUUCUUUUGUGCAACCCUUAAACAGCUUCUUGUUAUGGAGGUGCAUCUUAUAGAUGAUUUUGUAACUUGCAAUAUAUCUAUUAGCUGACUUGUACAGGUCAACAAGUCUGUCUCUUUAGUUUUCCAGUAUUGAUAGGUCCAUCAUCUACUCUAAUGAAUAUUGGGAAGCUGGUGAUUUGCAUAAGGGCAGCCUGUAUGUUUUUUUUUUUACCUGAUUGAUAGAAAAGUAAAGUGCGGAUGAUGUGAGUUGCUGAAUGUGCCCACUUGUUUGGUUAAUCUCCCCUGUUGCCAGUGAAACACAAUAUGGCAAUAACACUGAUAGUGUGUAAGAUGUGGAAAUGUGCUUUUAUUUAAAAGGUCCAUAAUCAAAAGUUUGGUCAUUUUUAACUAGCUCAUUAUCAUUAAAGAUGUCAUUAAAGAUUAAAGCACCAGG